CGGGUAUAUAAAUGGGUCGAGAAGGGAGGAAGAUAACGAAGUUUGUUAGUUUUCAUCCUCAGCGACUAUACACUUCUCAGCAUGUGGCUAAUACCGUACCUAAUCGCCGCCCUUCUUGGAUAUAUCGAUUGCAAAAUACCUUCCUACCUGAACCCUUGCUCGAUCAGCUCUAAAGGCUUGACAUCCUGCUUUCUUGAGCAGGGCAAUAUUGUUAUCAGUCACAUAGUGAACGGCGAUAAGACUCUAGGAAUCCCCAACCUGAAUCCGUUGAUGAUUCCAAAACUUGAGCUGGAAAAUCUCCACGGACUAUCGCUAACUUUUCACGACGCAUACCUGUACGGUUUGUCCGAGGCGAGACUUACAGACGCCAAGGUCGAUUUCGACGCCAAAAAAGUAGAAAUUCAGGUGGACAUAAAACAAGCCUCGUUAAUAUCGCCUUACGAAGUGAACGGCAAAAUUUUAAUCCUUUCGAUCGAAGGAAAAGGCAAUUCAAAUUCCACCGUGGACAACGUUCGAUUCAAGUAUACGUACGAAUACGAGCUAGAAAACAGAAAUGGUGCGCAGCAUAUUAUAAUGAAACCCAAUGACAAGUUUCAGUUGACCAUAGAUCGCGCGUAUUUUAACUACGAAGGUCUAUUCGGGGGAAAUAAAGAAAUGGGCGACAAUAUUAACAAAUUCCUCAACGAAAACUGGCAGGAAGUAUUCAAGGAAAUGGGUGGCGGCAUUGAAUCUGCAUUUACUCUUAUAGCAAGGACGGUAGCUCAGGGACUGUUCAAGCAUGUGUCGUUUGAUGAACUUUUUUUGCCAUAAUGGGAAUAACAAUAAAAACUCGUUAUUUACUCUUAUUUAU